GAAGAGGUGGAGUGCUUCGUUUCUUCUCCUCUAGGGUUAGGUUUCUCGGUGGCCCGGGGCGGGGCGGGAUCGCGAUGGGGAGGGGGAGGGUGGAGCUACGGAGGAUCGAGAACAAGAUCAACCGGCAGGUCACGUUCGCGAAGCGGAGGAACGGCCUGCUGAAGAAGGCCUACGAGCUCUCCGUGCUCUGCGAUGCCGAGGUUGCCGUCAUCGUCUUCUCCAGCCGCGGCAAGCUCUAUGAGUUCUGCAGCGGUUCCAGCAUGAUGAGAACACUUGAGAGGUAUCAAAAGUGCAGCUAUGGAGGGUCAGAAAGCACUAUACAAGCAAAGGAGAAUCAGUUGGUUCAAAGCAGUCGUCAAGAGUACUUAAAACUUAAAGCACGUCUAGAGGCUUUACAAAGAUCACAAAGGAAUCUCCUUGGUGAGGACUUGGGAUCAUUAAGUAUCAAGGAGCUUGAUUACCUUGAGAAACAACUGGACAUGUCACUGAAGGAAAUUAGAUCCACGAGGACACAACAAAUGCUUGACCAACUGACCGAUCUUCAAAGGAGGGAGCAAUUGCUUUGUGAAGCGAACAAGGGUCUCAGAAGAAGGUUGGAGGAGAGCAGCCAUGCUAAUGGGGGACAAUUAUGGGAAAACAGUGCCCAUCCAGCAGCUCAGCAGCCACAUGGUGAUGGGUUAUUCUACCCAUUGGAGUGUCAACCCACUCCACAGAUUGGAUACCAACCUGAUCAAAUGCCUGGCACCAGUGUGAGCACUUAUAUGCCUGCAUGGCUGGAAUGAUAUGACCAUUCUCUUCUGCAGUCGUACUGAUCAAACUUCCACAAGAUUAAAAGUAGUGAACUUCUGGCUGUGAUGCUGUAUUAGAUUUUCUAAUACAUAAACUCAUAAACUGAUGAAGCCAGUCUAUAAUGUCUGCACUUUUUUUGGGGUAUGUACUUGAAAGAAAGGAUGCCCUUCUAGAAUGCUGUUUACUAGUUGGGAAACAAUUCUUAGUCUAAAUGAAGACUGAUUAAUGAUUACACUUCUUAGAGGCAUGUAUAAUAAUCUGCCUUUUCACA